CCGUUAAAAUCAUGGCCUUGAGUUCUGCUCCUUUGGCUCUCCAUGCAUUUGAAUUUUUAGCCUCUUGGGUCCCUGCCGGUACCAUUACUUCUCCAUUUUGGGGCUUGGUUUUUUCGGAAAACAUCAGGCGUCUGUACGUACCCUUUUGGUGGGGGUACCUUGGUGGUUAAUCUUUUUUGCCUUGGAUACACCCACUAAGCAUGGGUGCCUGCUGUUCUGCACAAGUCAAGUACAAAGGUAGACGCUCACGCCACGAUGACGAUAAUUUGGUGGAGAAAGAAGAGGAGGGACAUGAGAAGGAUCUUACCACUAUUGAACAUGGUGGAGCCAUUGUGAGAUUGCAGGGAUCCUCUUCCUUCACAUCUAUGUACACCCGCAAGGGAAAAAAAGGGAUCAAUCAGGAUGCCAUGACCGUUCGGGAGGUGACUUUCUUAUUGCCAUGUUGAUUAAUUCACAAUUCAAAUAUCAAUAUAUAGCUUGCCAAAUUUAUUAUCGUUUCUUCUCUCUAUCUAUUACAUUUUAUUCCUUAUUGUUUUUAUACCUUUCGAGGUCCUUCAGAUCGUAAUGAAAAACUUUUUAUCUAACAUGGGAUACUCAUUUAUGGUUUUCUUCUGCUUUUGCAAUGUGCAUUAGAUUUUCCAAGGUUUGGAUGAUUUGAGAACAUUUUAAUGUUAAAUUUGGUAUGUAUUAACACGUUUGGUGAUCGUCUCCUGCUUUUUAUGCACCUACAUUUAUACACUUGAUUUUAUCUUCUAUCUGAAAAUAUUGCAUAAUUUUUCGUCUGACGCUGUGAGAAAAUUUCUUGACCGUUUUUAUUUUGUUUGCAUGACAGUGAUGUCAGAUUCUUUCUAUUUUCUCUUUUUAAUGUUGUUGGAGUUGUCAUGUUCUGUAGAAUGGAAUUCAAUUAAUCAUCAUUUCUUCAAUAUUUAAUAUUUCUUUACCUAUUGAUUAUUCAAAAAUUCAGGUGCUAACUAUAUCAUUACAGUUGGUAAAAAUUAAAAACACCUUGCUCUGACCAAGAGCAACAUUUUCCAAGAAAAUUAAAUUAUCAAGUUAAUUAUGAGUGGUUGACGUUAGAUGUUACUCUGUCAGCUCUAAAGGACUGAUCAGGACUAGAGAAGAAUUUGAUACAAGAUUGUCAAUGGGAUAGUGGAUGGAGGAAGACCCCUUUUUGUGGGAGCUUAAUUUAUCAACAUGAUAGUUUGUAAACAAAUUUGUAUAUCAAUUUUCUAGGUCAGGCAGGCAUAUUUCUUCUGACCCACCUACCUGCACAUGCUUCAUUUCUUUGGCAAUGCUGUAUUUGAUGUUUAUGUGGGUUGUAGUCCAAAAAUUAUGGGUUAAUUAUUCAAUGCAUGAAACUAAAAUUGAUCCAGAACUUUAUGGGUGAGAAGAAUGUGUUCUUCUGCGGUGUAUUUGAUGGUCAUGGUCCGUCUGGUCACAAGGUUGCACGCUAUGUAUGUGACACCUUGCCCUUCAAGCUUUCUUCAGUCAUCAAAAUGUCCCAUCCUAACGGCUGCAAAGAAAAUGACGUAGCUGUUGGUGCUGGAAAAAGUUAUGGUAAAACUGAUAACAGUGGUAUUAUUAAAGACACUGACAAGAAGGAUAGCAGUCACAAAGAGAUCUGUUCUUCUUGGGAGGCAAGUUUGAUUAAAGCCUUCAAAGAAUCGGAUGAAAAUCUUAGCUUGGAAGAGUCUCUUGAUAGUUACUGCAGUGGCACGACAGGUGUAACUAUUGUUAAGCAGGAUGAACACUUGAUAAUUUCAAACUUGGGGGACUCUCGUGCGAUUCUUUGCACUAGCGACAAUGAAAAUCAACUCGUUCCUAUCCAACUCACGGUUGACUUGAAACCUAGUAUACCAAGUGAAGCGGACAGAAUCCGAAAGUGCAGUGGCAGGGUCUUUGCAAUAGAUGAAGAACCAAAUGUGCCAAGAGUAUGGAUGCCCAAUCAAGAUUGCCCUGGUCUAGCUAUGGCAAGGGCUUUUGGGGAUUUCUGCCUGAAGGAUCAUGGUCUUAGCUCAAUUCCUGAAGUUUCUUAUAGAAGGCUUACAAGCAAAGAUGAAUUUGUGGUGUUGGCAACUGAUGGGGUAUGGGAUGUGCUAUCGAAUAAUGAGGUCAUACGAAUAGUUGCUUCAGUAAAGAAACAAUCCAUGGCAGCUAAAGUUUUGGUUUAUUAUGCUGUUCAAGCGUGGAGAAGUAAGUAUCCAGGUUCCAAGGUUGAUGAUUGUGCAGUCGUAUGCUUGUUCCUGAAGAAACGACCAUUAUUAUCAAGAUCCUUGACUGAUGUGAGCCAACACAGAGGAAGUCAUCUAGACGUUGCAGAUUCUAACAUUUGCAAAGGCAAGAAAACUGAUGAAGGCGAGACUGUUAUAAAUUGCGAUAUAACCGUGGACCCAAAGGCCCUUGAUGAAUUAAAUAGAGUGAAGAGUUCUGAUCGGCUUGGCAGGAAAACAUCUAGUGAUUUUGGAGGAACUGAAGCUAAAUGAUAAUCUAAAUGAUUUUGCAGAGGGAAGAAAAAAAUAUAGACCCAUCCGCUUCGAUUUCCAUUUAUAAUAGUCUGAUUCAUUUGAUGAAAUAUUGAACGCCAACUCUUCCACUUUUGUCUGACGAUGUUGUACAUGAAUUUGAGUGGAUUUCUUAAACCCAAUUGCAUUCAUGUUGUUUCAUGGAUCAUAUCAUCAUCAUUUUUCUUUCUUUUAUAAAUUUAGAAUGGGGGAUCAUUUUACAUCUCCAUCUCAGUAAAAUUUAGUCAUUAACAAAAUUCUCCAAUCGUAAAAUAACUUCCGACCAGCUCCACGCUCCUCUUCAAUCUCCACCUGAGCUAACCCAACAUAAACAGGCCGCCAUUUAUUAAUGUUGCAUGUAUUCUAGAGAGGCUGUUGCACUCAAAGCACCCUUUCGAUUAACUUGAAAAUUGACCCACUCAUCAACUUACUUCAGUGCCCAGCAAUCAACAUCAUCUAAUAUGCAUGUAGAUUGUUCUUCAAAAUUCCAUUAGAUGCGUGAUUUGUGAUACAUGUAUACCCUAAUCCACCCAACCAUGUUCCGAGAAAGUCUAGAGUCUCAG